AUGUUAAAGGAUCCUUGUCAGCCCCAAGAAGAUGACAUUCCAAAAGGACAAUUUGGAGUAACAACUAAACAAUUCAAUCUUUCUUGGUUUAAAGAGUUCGGUACUUGGUUGGAGUACAGUGUGGAAAAGGAUGCUGCUUAUUAUUUGUAUUGUUAUCUUUUCAGAACAAGUUCUGGAAAGCAAGGUAGAGGUGAGUCUUUUGUUGGUGAAGUACUUAAUGUUCAAAAGGAUAUAGUAAGUGCUUGUACUAUAGAAACAAUCAAUGUUAUUAUCAAAGAUAUUGGCGAUUCACUAUUUUCUAUUCUAGUUGAUGAAUCUCGUGAAGUGUCAAUGAAGGAGCAAAUGUCAAUUGUAACACGUUAUUUAGACAUUAGUGGACAUGUGAAUGAAUGCUUCAUAGGGAUUCAACAUGCUACAAGCACUGCUGUUUUAUCACUUAAGGCUACAAUUGAUAAGGAGAAUCCAUGUGAUUUUUAUAUUCAUUGUUUUGCUCAUCAAAUCCAACUAACGCUUGUAGUUGUGACAAAGAAGAACAUUCCUAUUACGAACUUCUUUCGUGUGGUUGGUGAUGUGGUAAAUACUGUUGGAGCAUCUUCUAAGCGUUAUGAUUUUCUACAAGAAAAACAAUUAGACUUUAUUGUUGAGAUGAAUCUUGUUCUUGUGAUCAAAGAUCUGAUGAACAAAUUUAUUGGAGUUGAUACAGACAUUUGA